CCGACAUUGUAGAAGAAAAAUGGAAUACUUUAUGACAAAGCCAUUGAAUUUUCAAUGUGAAGAAUAUUUGAAUGAUAGCAGAGAGGCAUUCCCAGAAGGGAGCGAGUCCGGAGAUGACGAUGUCAUGGUCAGAGAAAAGUUAAAAUUUGCAAAUAGAGACCCUAAAAAUGAUGCCAAAGAAGUAACAAACAAAUUACAGGGGUGUUUCUGAAGGUGAAAAUUAAAUGAGGGGUGUUCUUGAAAUUUCUUGAUAAACGGUAAAGAUCGUUUAUAGGUACGGAAACUCGGAAGAAACGCAGAGCCGUAGUUCCCCACCUUCGUCUCGUUUAGGGCGGGAGAGAGAUUCUUACAUUUCCUCCCUCCCCCCUCUCUUUCUGCAGCUCCAAGAGGUUGUUUUCGAGUAGAGGAAUCGUGUCUUGAAUCGAGAAUAAACUAGAGACAAUGGGUUAUAUAGGAGAACAUGGUGUAGCAGCUCUUCAUAGAUACAAAUACAGUGGUGUUGAUCACUCUUAUCUUGCCAAAUACGUGCUUCAACCCUUUUGGUCUCGAUUCGUCAAUUUCUUCCCGCUAUGGAUGCCACCCAAUAUGAUCACACUUAUGGGGUUUAUGUUUCUUGUCACAUCUGCUCUGUUGGGCUAUAUAUAUUCACCUCAGUUGGAUUCUCCCCCACCACGAUGGGUUCACUUUGCACAUGGUUUACUUCUAUUUUUGUAUCAGACUUUUGAUGCGGUUGAUGGGAAGCAAGCACGGAGAACAAGUUCCUCCAGCCCGCUUGGGGAGCUUUUUGACCAUGGUUGCGAUGCACUUGCUUGUGCGUUUGAAAGCAUGGCAUUUGGGAGCACUGCUAUGUGCGGAAGAAAUACUUUCUGGUUCUGGGUUAUUUCAGCUGUUCCAUUUUAUGGAGCAACAUGGGAACACUAUUUUACCAACACGCUUAUUCUUCCGGUAAUCAACGGGCCUACAGAGGGUCUUGCGCUUAUAUACGUCAGCCAUUUCUUCACAGCCGUUGUUGGUGCUGAAUGGUGGGCUCAGCAGUUUGGGGAUUCCAUACCUUUAUUUAGCUGGGUACCAUUUGUUAAUGAGAUCCCGACAUACAGAGCUGUACUAUACAUGAUGAUUGCUUUUGGUGUUAUACCAACUGUUGCAUUCAAUGUUUCUAAUGUCUAUAAAGUUGUUCAGUCAAGAAAAGGAAGCAUGCCGCUAGCCAUAGCUAUGCUCUAUCCCUUCACCGUGCUUCUUGGAGGAGUUUUGAUUUGGGACUAUCUGUCUCCAACUGAUCUCAUGGGUACCUAUCCUCAUUUAGUUGUAUUGGGGACUGGGCUUGCAUUUGGAUUUCUUGUGGGAAGAAUGAUUCUGGCUCACUUGUGUGAUGAACCAAAGGGUCUGAAAACGAACAUGUGCAUGUCGCUGCUUUAUCUCCCUCUUGCAAUUGCGAAUGCUCUAACUGCGAGAUUGAAUGAUGGGGCUCCUUUAGUUGAUGAGCUGUGGGUUCUCCUCGGCUACUGUUUAUUCACAGUGUCACUGUACUUGCACUUUGCGACUUCAGUCAUUCAUGAGAUCACUACGGCCCUCGGAAUCGGCUGCUUCAGGAUUACUCGUAAAGAAGCCUGAAAAAGGGGAAAAAAAAUCCUCCCAAAGUCUGCUGAACAUCUCCAGGGGUAUGCAGAUGAAUACGAAUAAGGGGAUUAUUUUGCCUUCGGACCAAUUUUUACUUGGAUUCAGACGUGGAAUUUACCUUCACUUUUUUUGUGGGUUAGGACUUUAGGAUAUGUAAUUUAUUUUUAUAACUGUAUGAUUUUGUUUUGGGGGGAAAAGAACAUUGGAACUAUAAAAUCAGGGGAAUUAGCUAUAGUUUUCCUCUUUUUUUUUGUAAUGGUUUGAGAAAAAAUUUCAAA